AAAAUGGGAGGCGGCGGGGCUCGUGCCGCUUUGCAGACCCCGCCGCUCGGGAGCCGUCUGUGCUGCGCAGCCAUGGUCAACCCCACCAUCUUCUUCGACAUCGCCGUCGACGGCGAGCCCCUGGGCCGUGUCUCCUUCGAGUUGUUUGCAGACAAAGUCCCAAAGACAGCAGAAAACUUUCGUGCUCUGAGCACUGGGGAGAAAGGAUUUGGUUAUAAAGGCUCCUGCUUUCACAGAAUUAUUCCAGGAUUUAUGUGUCAGGGUGGUGACUUUACGCGCCAUAAUGGCACUGGUGGCAAGUCCAUUUAUGGGGAGAAAUUUGAUGAUGAGAAUUUCAUCCUGAAGCACACGGGUCCUGGCAUCUUGUCCAUGGCAAACGCGGGGCCUAACACAAACGGUUCCCAGUUCUUCAUCUGCACUGCCAAGACUGAGUGGUUGGAUGGCAAGCAUGUGGUCUUUGGCAAGGUGAAAGAGGGCAUGAAUAUUGUGGAAGCCAUGGAACGCUUUGGGUCCAGGAAUGGGAAGACUAGCAAGAAGAUCACCAUUGCUGACUGUGGACAGAUCUAACACAUCUGACUUGGGCUUUAUCUUAACCACCAGACCAUUCCUUCUGUAGCCAGGAGAGCACCCCCUCACCCUAUCUGCUCGGAAUAUCCUGUAUUUUUGCUCUCGCUACAGUCCUGGGUUCCAUAUUUUCCUUAUCCCUUUCCAAGUCUAGCUGGAAUGCAGAGUUAAGUUUAUGAUUGUGAAAUAAAAACCAAACAGUUGUCCGUCUGGGUUAGGGUGUUGAUGGAGGUUUCACUUUAAGCAGCAAUAGGUGAUUCUGAAGACAGCACUUACUAUGUUUGCAUAAUUCAACAAAAUACUUUUGCUUCCCUGACCCAGGAACUCUAAAUAUCACUGGUGUAGGAACCCCAGUGUAAGCUGAGUGGGGUACUAAAGAGGUGUAGAGGGCAAAACAAGCUGGAGCUUCAAGAUUGGGACCAGUUGGGCUUGUGUUUCUGUAAGGGUGGCAGGGAAUCCCACUUGGCACUUAAAGAGGUGUCUGUCAGAAUUGCAAUAAACUAAAAACCAUGGUGUA